UAAGCACAUGCACCUCGCUGCUUCCAGGUUACCCCCUGUUUUUUUUCAUUCCGCCCUCAUCCUCUCACUCCAGCAUCACUCCCUGACAACAGCAGCGAUGGCGGAGCCCGUAGCGUCGGAUGCAGCAGCAACAGCAUCCCCGAGUCCGGGCCUCUCUCCCACAGCCAGCCCGGGCUCUGAGCCUCCAUCCGUGGCUCUCUCUCCCACGGCGGACGGCUCCCAGCGACUGCUCUUCUCACACGACCUGGUCUCCGGGCGGUAUCGCGGCUCAGUUCGGUUUGGCCUUGUACGGAUGAUCCACGGCGAGGAGGAUUUUAACUCAGAUUCGGACCUCGACGAUGGCGGAGGGAGACGCGGCGGCGGUGGAGGAGGCGGCGGCGGUGGUGGUGGAGGCGGAGGAGGACGAGGAGCCCCUUGUGGUUCUGACACGGAGAGCGCUGUGGACACCCCGAGUCAGCCCCUCGGCAGGGGAUUUGUCCGCGUCCAGUGGUACCCCGAAGGAGGAAAGCAGGACAUCAGGGAGACAAAGCUGAAACUUGAAGACCGAUCCAUUGUCAUUAGAGACAUUGUGCGACGAAACCAUUCGAAUGACAACCAGUGUGGUAUUGUUACCAACAUCGACAUCGAAUGUGCAGUGAAACUAGUGGGAACAAACUGUGUUUUGUAUCCAGUUAACAGCAAAGACCUGCAGCACAUCUGGUCCUUUAUGUACGGCGACUACAUUGCGUAUGACUUCUGGCUGGGGAAGGUGUACGACCUGACUAAUCACAUCAUCCUCAAGCUCUCCAAUGGAGCCAGGUGCUCCAUGAGCGUGGAGGACGGCGCCAAGCUUUAUGAUGUCUGUCCACAUGUCAGCGACUCGGGCCUGUUCUUUGACGAGGCAUACGGUUUCUACCCAGGUCAGGUCCUCAUUGGUCCUGCCAAAGUCUUCUCCAAUGUGCAGUGGCUGUCGGGGGUUAAACCUGUUCUCAGCAGGAAGUGCAAGUUUAGGGUGGUGGUAGAAGAGGUAAAGGUGGUUGAACUGAAGGUGACGUGGAUCACUAAGAGCUACUCCCCAAAAGGCUCCGACAGUGUAUAUCCACCUGCCUCCACCAUCACACAGGAGAAUCUCUGCAGGGUGCGACGUCUUGGUUAUUAUGACCACACCCAGAGGCAGCUGGGGGAGAGGGCCCUCUACAUCUUCCCGGCCAAGGGAGAUGCCACACGCAUCACCUGUGAAGGACCUGAGGGAGCAGCCAUCCUGCCAGAAGAUCCUGUGGCCAGAAAGUUGAAACGGAUGUUCAAGAAGGAUUUGGGAAAGAAGAUGGAGAACACUGACACACAAGGUGAACACAAAUCAGAGCAGACAGACUCUUCCCAGCCCAACAACAACAAUGGUCCUGUGGUGUCUGUCCAGAAUUCCCUGGACCCCCAGAACACCAACGACACCUCAGCCGAGCACACAGAGCAGGAUGCUGAUGAUGAGGCUGCAGAAGAUACUGACGACACCAGUUCUCUGACGUCAUCGGCGAGCUCCACCGCCUCCUCGCAGAGCGGCGGUCUGGGAACGAACCGAAAGAAGAGCAUCCCUCUCUCCAUCCGCAACCUGAAGAGGAAGCACAAAAAGAAGAGGACCAAGUUCUCACGGGAGUUCAAGCCUGGAGACCGGGUGGCAGUGGAAGUUGUGUCCACUAAGACCACUGCCGACGUGAUGUGGAAGGACGGGCGAGUGGAAAAGGGGAUCCGAUCAAACAACCUCAUCCCGAUCCAACACCUCGACAGCCACGAGUUUUGUCCCGGAGACUUUGUGGUGGACAAACGACCUCAAGCCCUGCAGGAUCCAGGAGUGUACGGUGUGAUCCAGUCCGGCGAUCACAAGGGCAGAACGUGCGUCGUUAAAUGGAUCAAACUCAACCCCACGAGUGACGACGUGGAGGUCAUCGGUAUGGAGGAGGACGUCAGUGUGUACGACAUUGCAGAUCACCCAGACUUUCACUUCCGCACCACGGACAUCGUCAUCAGAAUAUGGAACUCGGAGAACGGACAGAAUGACUGUGAAAAUGAAACAUCAGUAGGUCAGGUGUCCAGGGUGGAUGUGAGCAGCAAAGUGGAGGUGGUGUGGGCAGACAACUCCAUGACCAUCGUCCUGCCGCAGCACCUCUACAACGUGGAGUCCGAGAUCGAGGAGACGGACUACGACUCUGUGGAGGAAACCAGCAGCGUCCUGUCCACGGAGGAGUGGGAGGACGAGAGUGACAGCUGGGAGACGGAUAACGGCCUCACCACUGAAGAUGACAGUUUCGUCAACAACGCCGAAGUCACCGACACGGCGACCCCGACCCCCACGCCCACUGGAACCACAGCCUUCAUCAUCCCCCCACAGGAGGGCAAUAAAGCUGGGGUCACCAGCCCCACUAAAGCACCUACUGGAGAGGACGGAGACGCUUCUGUGGCUGUUGCCAGUCCUUCUGGAGGAGGAACGACUCCAGGAGGAGCAGUGAACGGAGCGGAGAAGCCCAGUAAAGAUGGUGCCUCUCGGGGCUUUAGGGAGUUGAAAGAAGCCUUGAAAAUCCUGGAGAGCCUAAAGAACAUGACUGUGGAGCAGUUGUUGACCGGCGGCUCGCCAACAUCUCCGACCGCCGCUGAACCAGCUUCCACAGCUAACCUAGCCAGUUCAGUGACGCCUGCGCCUUCGGAGAAACCCACUAAGGAGAAACGCUUUCUGGAUGACAUUAAGAAGCUGCAGGAGAACCUGAGAAAGACGCUGGAUAAUGUGGCCAUCGUCGAGGAGGAAAAGAUGCAGGCUGUGGUGGAGGCAGGCGGGAGUGGAGGAGCAGCGUCCGAGGUUUGUGUUAAACAAGUGGAGAGAGCUGGAGAUGAAAAGCCGCAGCAGGAGCCACAGACACCUGUUGGUGGACAAGAGUGGCCCAGUGAGUUUCUCAGUGACACGCCAGUACUGUGCCAACAGAGCGGUGGCAAGCCCGGCGUCACCUUCACCAGUGCCAAGGGAGAGGUGUUCUCUGUGCUGGAGUGGGCACCAGACACUCACUCAUUUAAGAAAAUGGAAUUUCAGCCGGCCGAAGCAAAGAAGUUCUUCAGCACAGUGAGGAAGGAAAUGGCCCUGCUGGCAACGUCACUGCCGGAUGGCAUCAUGGUCAAAACAUUUGAAGAUCGCAUGGAUCUGUUCUCGGCUCUGAUCAAAGGACCGACUCGCACACCCUAUGAAGACGGCCUUUUCCUGUUUGACAUCCAGCUGCCCAACAUCUACCCAGCUGUGCCGCCGCUGUUUCGCUACCUGUCUCAGUGCAGUGGUCGCCUCAAUCCUAACCUCUACGACAACGGCAAAGUCUGCGUCAGUCUACUCGGCACCUGGAUUGGAAAGGGCACAGAGCGAUGGACCAGUAAAUCCAGUCUGCUGCAAGUUCUCAUCUCCAUACAAGGCCUUAUCCUAGUCAAUGAGCCUUACUAUAACGAGGCCGGCUUCGACAGUGACCGAGGCCUUCAGGAAGGAUAUGAGAACAGCCGCUGUUACAACGAGAUGGCCCUGAUUAAGAUGGUCCAGUCUAUGACGCAGCUUCUGCAGAGUCCUGUAGAUGUUUUCAAGCAGGAGAUUCAAGAGCACUUUAACUCAAACGGGUGGCGCCUCGUCCACCGCCUUGAAGUGUGGCUCGAGCUGAACGACGCUGCCGAGAGGAGCCACUCGCACGUGUCCUGCAGGGGUUCGCACUCUAAAGACCGACCCUCGUCUGUGGAGCCUCUGGACGAGCAGCUGCCCCUGGGAUCGGGGCCUGUGGCAGUGGCACACAGCAGCCCCAGUAAGCCCGGUGAGGAGGGGGUCAUGGGAGUUACCAGUAUCAUGGAGGAGGAGCUGGAGGAUUCAGGGCUGAGUCUCUCCACCACAGCAGCCUCUCAGCAGGAGCUGAGCCAGACCUCAGACUGUGACAGCAGCAGCCAGGUAAAGGCCUCUCUGGGUGGCGACAACAGGGCUGCGUCCACAGUGCCCAGCUCUGACCGAGGUGGGACAUCAGAAUCCGCUUCUGUCACAGUUAGCGGAGGAGGGGUUGGCUCCACCGGAAGCCAGCCAGUGGUGCGACCAAAGAAACGUAGAAAGAGCUACAGGAGUUUCCUCCCGGAGGGCAGCGGCUACCCGGAUAUCGGCUUUCCACUCUUCCCGCUCUCUAAAGGAUUUGUGAAGAGUGUCCGAGGUGUGCUGCUGCAGUACCGAGCUGCGCUGGCCGCUGCCGGCUUCACUGAGCACACAGAGGACAAGUAAGUGCCUCGUCGCCGUUCCCAGACUCUCCUCUGCACUGCUUCCUGCUCUUUUCCCCCUUCAUCUCUGCUAACUUUUUCAUCUGCCUCAAGCUUUAGAGGAGGAUCCAUUACUUAUCUUGUCCAGAACUGCACUGCGCCCCAGCACUGCCUACAUUUUGUCCUUAAACUCCAUUCCUAAGUCUAUACUGCUCCUGCUGCCCCCAAACUCCUCAACAGUUUGCCUUUUCUUUCCCAUAAUCCCAAUAAUCCCAACUGCAGGAGAAAAUCAUCUUUGAUCAGGAGACUGAGCAAACUGGUUUGGAUGCAACUUGAUAAUAAUGUCUUUGUUUUCCUUUAGUGUCCUUGCAGAUGAGUGUUAUGGAUAAAGCUGAGUGGCGCUCACAUAGGCACCAUCAUCUUUUAAAGGAUGCAGGUAAAAUUAAAGAGCUUUUACUGGAGGUAAACAAAGUUUUUUUUUAGUCCCCGUCAGCCUCAGCAGGACUUCAGUGGCAGUGACGUGGAUGCAAAAAGGACAGAAUCAGAUGAAGAAAGAAAAACAUCUGUGCCAUGAACUCUCUCCCGUUCACCUCAUUCGCCUCCAGCGAGCUUCCACCACACAUGUGCGGGUUGAUGGAGAACCACUCGUUUCAAUCGGCCUGAAAAACAGACUGGGUUCCACUGGAAAAGAAAAAAACUGCAAAUCCCAGCUGGCUUGGCUGUUGAGCUCACUGCGACUCUCUGUAGCACUACUAAAUAUUAUUGCUGAAAACAUCCUGCACUACAACAAACACACGGACAACCUGGUCUGGAAGACACCAACCAGGAGGAGUCGUUUAAGUAGAAGUGACCGGUUGUACGCUUUCUGCCAAAUUGCUCUCACUGUUCACAAGUAAACACACACACUCGGACACAAAUGGUCCAGUAGAAUGUACUGAAUGUCAGUAAAACUGCCAACAACAGCUUCACCAAUUUGUCCACUACACUUGCUGGUAUUUGUCCUUCGCCAAUCACUCACACUGAACCACGCGACAAACACCCAACGAGUGACAACGUUUACAUAAGAAUCACCCGCGCGGGUCAGACUGCUGUAGCUGUCUGGUGUGUAGAGAAGCCGGUCAAGGUAAAGGACGGCGGUCAUGUGGCGGAGUCUGUGCUCUAGCUGAAGAGGCUGAACUGUUCAGUGUGGAGGUUAUUUACCCAUGAUGCUCGUCACUGCUGUGACGGACCCGAAAACACAUCACUGCAAAUGACACAAUUUAAAGAAUAAACAAAAUAAGAAAGAGAGAAGAAAAAUCCAUUCCAUCAUUUCUUGUCAACAUGUUGCCUUACUUGAAAUGUUAGACCAUUGUGUGCAGAACUGCUGUGUCAUGAUUCAGGCAUUCACACACACACACACACACAUAGACUUAACACUAAAACCACUAAAACCCAAGUGUUUUCCUCCUCUAAUAGAACACAUCUCUGAUAAAUCCCUUCCUUUAUUCCUAAACAUGUGUCACACUGCUGAGUUUAAUGACAUCAGAAGACAAAACCACAGUACGUGUAUUUACUUAAUCUGCUUGAUAAAUAUUUUCACUUAUUCCUGUCUCCUGGUUCAACAUCUCAUCCUGCAAAGACGACGGCAGAGUGAAAAAAACGACAGCACACAGGCCAAACAGUAGCAGACCUGACUGUUGUCUGCGACUUUAUUAUAUUCCUUUUUUCUUUAUUGCGAUCUGGAUGAAGAAGGAAAAAAAUAAAAUAAUAAUUGGGUUUUAUUUAAAGUCGCCUCGUCACAGAUUAACUGUGAAACUCACCUUUGGGUCCAAUCGUGCUUCCUGCGUGAAGUCCUUGUUUACAUCUAUCCCACAGUUGUCCCACGCCGAACGUCACGUUAAAUCAAUAUCAGCGUUUUAAUUUUACUAUGAUUUAAACGGGUCAGACAAAAACCCCCUCGUGUUUGCUAUGGUCUCUGAAAUAAACGAGGGAGCCUCCGGCUGGCUCUGUAUUUUACUUGAACAAAGAACCUUGAUGCUGAACAGUGUUUGUGAAUGACAUGAAUGUGCUGCUGUGAGAUAUGAGAGGAUGAAAAACCACGAGCCAAGAGUUUAACAAAGAAAAGAAACACUUGAGGGGGGGGGUGGGGGAAAUAAAAAGGGUCCGUUUUGUUUUGCUUUGUCUUCCAUCGUUUUCUCCUGUGUGCUCGUAAAAUCUCCCGCGUCAAACGUGACUUUCAGGCAUCCACGACAUUUGACUUCCCCGUCGUCAUUCUGCCGCCUUUUAACAUGUGCCGUCUUCUUCACGGGCUACUGUAGCUGUAGCAUGUAGCUGCAUUUGCUUUACUGUCUAUUAACGCACACAUGUUUGUGUGUGUGUGUGCUGCUGCUGUUUGUAAAACGUCACCCUCACAGUUCUUGGAGGAGCUCAUUUUUGAUUAUUCGGAGCUCUGGCAGCACAUUAUGGUGUUUUGACACAUGUUGCGAUUGCGACGUGAUACAUAAUUGGUGCGACUUGAAUAUUUUUUCCUGCAUCUCAACUCAAAAUAACAAACAUUUGACUUUAUCUUGGAAACCGUCAACAAAAAAAAAAACCCACACACAUUCAAUAGUCUAGAGAGAAAUUGACUGCAGUUUACUUGGGAUUCCAUUUAUUUUGGGAUUAAUUACGCAACACCAGUCAAAGGUCAAACACUUGUCGCCUCCAAGAAUUCACAGGUGACAUUUCUGCUUCUUUUCGCUCCGUCGUCUCCGGCUCGUCGUCUUUUCUCAUUCGUCACAAACCGAAACAGAAAAUGUGAAGCAAAAAUCUGUGAGAAAGCUAACAAGCACAUGAUGCUGUGUACAAUUUCCUGCGCGUGUGUGUGUGUGUGUGUAAAUUAUCCAGAUUUGAACAUUGGAAUUAUUAAUAUGAUUAUCAUUCUUGUUAUUAUUAAUAUGAUUACUAAUGCGAGACGUUUUGUUUUCCAGCCAAAGCAUGUAACAUGUUGCUUUAAGCCUUUAGAACGGGCGACACGAGACUUGACUGUACGAUGUCUACAUUUCCACAGUGGCCUGUUAUUGAUGUAUGAAAAAAAACAAAAAAAAAAAACAGAAAAAAAGAUGAUUUGUAGCCUGACUCCCUCUGUACAGACGCCAUGAUUAUAUUGAAAUAUAUAUAAAUACAUACAGUAUAUAUAUUUAACACACUUGAGUUCUAACAAGUCACGUGGAUGCUUGGGGCAUAAUAUGUACAAAAUGCUGAUGAGUGUGUAUUGUACCUUUAUGAUUUUUCAUUUUUUUUAAAGGUUUACUUUUGUUGAGUUCAAACUUAAACUGUAUAGUGAUGUAUUAAACUUUGCAAGC